AUGUUUAAACGACGUGCUACUCGAAACUUGCUAUUUGACAGACUACAUAAGGGUGUCGUCAUCAGCUGCUUAGCCCUGACACUGUACGGUAGUUUUAUGAUUGGUGACAAAAUGUAUAGAUACUUUACUGUUUUAAGGCCGCAGUUGAAAGCAAAACAAGAAGAAGAACAGAAGAAACUUUUGAGUGAAGGAAAAGCCAGCCCGGAUGUUAGUGUUAUGGUAGACCCUGCAUCAAAUCUGAAAGCGUGA